AUGGGCUUUGGGGGCCUACUGAAUUUUGCUUGUCGCGAACUAAGAUAUGAGCUAUGCGCGUGGCUCAUCUCUCAAUAUGACUUUACCUACCAUAGACUUAAUAUGGAAACCGGCAAUGCUAUCACUGUCAAUGAAGAACAUGUCAAUAGAGUGAUGGGCAUCCCUAACUCCGGGCAAGACGUGGUUAUCCUUAAGAGAACAGCCCCGUCCAAUCGCACAUACACUCUCAGGGUACUGGAGCAAAACCUUGAGAAUUUGCCCGUGUGUGAUGAUUUUUUAAAAUCAUUUUUAAUUUUUUCAUGUGCCACUCUACUGGCACCUAACUCUAAGCUUGAAGGAAGCCAUGACCUUUGGGACACCAUAUGGGAUGGUGAUGUUGGUGUCCAAAGGAAUUGGGCAAAGUUUCUGCUGAAACACUUAGAAGAUGGAAUCAAGGAAUAUCGACAAAAGCAGCCUACUUACAUCCGAGGCUGCCUCAUGUUCCUCCAGCUGUUCUACAUGGCAUACUUCUACAUGCCAUCAGUCAAUGUUGAAGUGACCAGCCCGCUAGCUGCUGCAUGGACUGACGAUGUAAUGAAACGCCGAUUAGCAGCUGAAAUAUCAACAUUCAGUGGUUAUGGAUAUGUGCAUGCACAGGAGCGAGCACAAAGCACAGCCAAUAUGAAUGUACCAUCAAUAGCCUCAACCUCUACAGCGGAUGACGAUGCUACAGAGGUAGUUCUUCUUCACUAA